GUUUUGCCGCCAGUUGGGUCCACUCUUCACAUUUUAUCUUUCUCUUCGAUUGUGAGGGAGAUAAAGGAUUGCAGGAGCGACAGACAUCAAUGGCGAACCCUAGAGUCAAGAUGAAAAAUGCGAAGAUAAUACUGGGUUCUUCUUCAAUGGCUCGUCGGAAAAUCUUAGCAGAGAUGGGAUAUGAUUUUACAAUCAUGACUGCAGAUAUUGAUGAAAAGAGCAUUAGGAAGGAAAAACCAGAGGAUCUAGUAGUGGCUCUAGCUGAGGCAAAGGCUGAUGCACUCAUUUCAAGGCUUGGAAUUGCAGGACAUAAGGAGGAAAACGCACGCCCCACACUGCUAAUUACAGCAGACACAGUGGUGGUGUAUGAAGGAACGAUCCGUGAAAAACCAUCGAGCAAGGAAGAAGCACGCCAUUUUGUCAAAGGUUACUCAGGCGGUUGUGCAAUUGUUGUGGGAUCUGUAGUAGUAACUAACCUUACCACAGGGAUCAAGAAACGAGGAUGGGAUAGGUCGGAGGUCUAUUUUCAUGAUAUACCAGAUGAGGCCAUUGAUAAGCUGGUAGAUGAAGGGGUAACACUUAAUGUUGCUGGAGGACUGAUGCUUGAACAUCCACUAACUGCUCCUUUUGUUGACACUGUGGCAACAAUGACUCUAGGAUUGAUAAACGCAAAUCCGAUUGUACGUGAAAAGAAAGAAAGAAUCACUCGAACAGAUGCUCAUCUUCACUGCGACGAUCAUGAAGCCGUUGAUCCUCUUGAUAUUUAUGAUAUCCUUUCCAUUUUCCAAUUCCUUGUAAGGGACAUAAGAGAUCCGGAGCAUCCUUAUUCGUUGGAACAGCUGAGUGUUCUAUCGGAGGAGUCUAUCACCGUCGACGAGAAGCUCGGCCGAAUACUGAUAAGUUUCACCCCAACCAUUCAGCACUGCAGUAUGGCAACGGUAAUUGGUUUAUGCUUGAGGGUUAAACUCAAGGAUUGUUUCCCUCCACAUUUUAAGGUAGACAUCAAAGUAGCUCCUGGAUCACAUGCAGAUGAAGCCGCAGUUAACAAACAGUUGAAUGACAAGGAAAGGAUUGUGGCUGCCAUGGAGAACCCUAACCUUCGACACCUUGUUGACGAGUGCCUUCACUCAAGUGAGCUUUAGUCUGUUGUACAGUAAGCUUACUUUGUGGUACUAUGGUAGUCCGUCUUUUUUUUUUUGUAUAAUAUUAUCUCAUUUCGGAAAAAUCUUAGUAAUAUUGUUAUUUAAUGAUCAUGUAAUGUUGUAUCUGGUAUUCAAAAAGAAUGGGUCUUGUUCAUGGCGACUUGUUUAUGUU